CGCAACGCACUCUGUCUCGCUCCCACCGCACCGAAAGACCUCGCGCAGAAAUUCAGGCAAUCGAACCUGCAUCCACUUCGCCUUCUGCCGUCGGAACAUCGAUCGCCGCCCCAUCACGAGUCGCCGCUUCCAAAGCCCUCGUACAUACCACAUUAGCAGGACACAAUGGCGAACGGUUGGGCUCCCUUCAUCGGCCUCGUAGUCGUGGUGAUAUUCUGCGCCGCAGCGUGGGUCUUUGCUCCGAAAGGCGAGAACCAGACGGUCUGGCGCUCUACACUCGUGCUUUCGGCUGCGGCUAUGUACAUUAUGUGGGCGAUUACGUUUCUGGCGCAACUGCACCCGCUCAUCCAGCCGAUCCGCAAAGAUCUCCGAAGUCCCGAGGAGAUUAGUAAACUGUAUGGAUAGGCUUUCGUGUUGAAAUUUUGGGGUGGAGAUGAGCGGAAGUCCGAUGAUCGCAGAACAGAGGGCAGCUGUGAGGGGCGUAUGAGCCUCAGCUCGACUUUACAGCGAGGAGGGGGCGAUCGAAGGUUGACACGAUAUGCAUGGCGCGGCGGACGAGGGCGAAUCAGCAGGUCCUCGUGCCGUGUGAUUUGGAGUGGGAUGUUCUUCUUUCUUUUCUGUAUCUUUUCUGGAGUUCAGCAUAUGUCUUUGCUUGUUCAGUAGUACUGUAUAAACCCUGCGGAAUAUGAGAAAUUCUACACUGGAAAAAUCUACAUCGCCAUCCCUUUCUAUUUCAUAGUCCGCCCCGGUCAAAACUCUCAUCAAAACCAUCCCGUUUAAUCGACGCAGAAAACACCGCAAACUCCAGAAUCUAACCAGGGUAUCAUA